AUGUCAAAACCCCUCGACAUCGAAGAGCCCUACCCGGGCUGGGCUCAAGAGAAUAAUGGACCGUUACUGCUGGGCGUCAUGGGGGCCAUGACUGGCCUGACCAUUGUGUUUGUGGUCGGAAGAAUAUACAGCCGCAUGAUAUCAUUAGGCAGGCUUGGGUUUGACGACUACAUUCUCAUCAUCUCUGUCCUAUUAAGUCUUUUGCAUACGGAUACACUAGCGCCCGAGGACACCCGACGCAUCGUUUACUAUACCGCCAUCUCCUUCAUGCCCGGGAUAGCAUCCUUCGCGCUACCAAAGUUCGCGGUGGUGAUUCUGCUUGCAAAAGUCCUCGACCCCGGUCGAACGCAUAGAGUGAUCAUGUGGAUCAUCUCGAUUCUCUACCUUUUGCUGACAAUCGGCAUGCUCGUUAUCAACAUUGCUCAAUGCCAGCCAGUCCAAGCGCAGUGGGGCGCUGUAGAGGGUACAUGCUGGAACUGGCACGUCAUCCUCUCAUAUGCCCUCAGUUUGGGUAUCUCCUCCGUCCUCGUGGACUUCUACCUCGCUGCUUACCCAACCAUUGUGCUGUUCCGGCUACAGACCAACUGGAAGAAGAAGCUGGCCUUAUCGUCCUCGCUGGGUUUCGGUUACUGCGCCGGAGCUAUUGCAUCCUACAAGUGUUACACUUUAGCUAUCUUUCCCGCCCGAGAGGAUUAUACGUGGACUGCCGACGACCUCGUCCUCUGGACAAAUAUCGAGGCCGACUGCGUCCUCAUUGGGGCCUGCAUACCCUGCCUCUUUCCGCUCGUCAAGAAGGUUUUCGGUGCGUCGGCACUCAGUGGUGGAACGCCGAUGUACGGAAACCAAAAGCAAUGGGACCCAAACGGCACCAUUAUUACCAUUGGAUCGUCUCCCAAAAAACAGAGACGCCCCGUGAGAACUUGGGGCUUCUCACAGCUCGAUACUCUGAGCGACGGGAACAAGGACAUUGUUUUGGAGGAGCGCGCACUCCAUACUAGCACUACGGAGCUCCGGAUAGAUGAGACGACCCAGACGGUUUCUCAGGAGGGACAGCAGGAGCGAGAGGGAUCCCAACUCCAAGCGCAAAGACCAUUCCGCCAGCGAUGGCAGGAAGUGAGGAUACAUAGACCGUAG